CUCUAAGAUUCUGGUGAACGAAGUUUGUUCAACAAGCGCGACACAAUUAAGCAAUAGGAUAUCAGCAAAACAAUAAACAAAAUGCAUUAAUUAGCAAUUAAAAAUAGAUAGAAUUCAACAAAUAAGUGCGCUGUGUGGAAAGUGCGAACAGCAGCAAAUAUGUUAAAUUGAGCAAAACUUCAAAUUGGGGAAACGUAGACAACUCCGAUCAUCUAGUAUUUUGUUGUGGCGAGAUGAUGCUGGAGUUGCCAGAUGUGAAGCCGCCGCCUGAGCUCUUGAUGGAGGUUGCAAGCGAUUUGAGCAGCAUUAAAAGCGAACCCGGCACAACAAACGACAAACCCAAGUCCAAGCCCAAGCCGGCGCAUUGUGCAUUAAAGAAUGCUGCGGCCUUUGAAACGGAACGUUUGCUCAUCCAGCUCGUGAGUGAACAACCGGCGCUGUAUAACAGUCGACAUCUGCGCUUCAAGGAUGAUGCAUACAAGGAGCUGUUGUGGCAACUGAUUGCCAACAAAGUGGGCAAAGAGUCGAGCAAUUGCAUGAGCCUUUGGGCCGAGUUGCGGCAUCGCUAUCAGCGUCAUUUGCAGCGACGUCGUCGUCACCAUCGCGUUGGCAAACGUUACGCCUCGCUGCUGCAUGAGGAGCAGCUGCUUUUCCUGUAUCCCCACGUGGCCAGGAUGCCGCUGCAACGUCAGACGCCAGAGCAUCAACAGACGAGCAACGUCAGCAACGCUAACGACAACGAUGAUGAUGAUGAUGACGACCUCGUCAUUGUGGCGCCACAACCUGCGAUUAUUAUCGAUGUGGACAAGGUGGCCAUUGAGUACUAUAAACUGAACGCAGAACAGUUGCGUCUGAUCGAUGCUGUGCGUGCUUAUCCGCAGCUGUAUGAUGUGCGGCAUGCCGCGUAUGGGAAUCAUCGGCAUCGCGGUCUCAUUUGGGGCGCCAUCUCGAAUGAGCUGCACGAAAAGGCCACCAAACUGAUGAAGAGUUGGCUGCAAUUGCAAAUCCGCUACGAAUGGGAAUUGCUGCAGCAUCACAACAACAACAACACGACAACACGUUCGCGUCUCAGCGAACUUUUGGAAUUCCUCGAGCCCCAUGUGCCCGAGCAGACGGGCAGCGUUUGCAAAUUGUCGCUGUAUUUGCGGACUGCAUGGCACGAUCCCAUCGAGCAUUUUCGCAGCGUCAUGUGUCUGAUCCAAGUGCUCUAUAUGGUGCCCGAACUCAUCCAAAUGGUGGAGGAUUAUCAGCACAGCGAAGAGAAGCCGCCGCGUUACGAAGAGCUCUGGCUAAGCGUUGCGGCUCAAGUGCAGAAUGCGAGUCAUCAGCGUUGCGAAGUGACGUGGCUGGGGUUGCGGCACUUCUACCGUGAGCUGUCCGAGAUGCGCAAGGUGGGAUAUCAGCUGCAGGACAAAUGGUUCUUCGAGAACAUCAUUUCAGCGAUGUACAAACAGCAAUUCACACGACAAGCGCGUCCCGGUCGCAAACGUGCCCAUCGAUCUUCAUCGCCACCGUUGCAGAGGCUGCCAGAGGCUAUGAGCGACGAACUGGCGACGGAGAACGAUGAUGGCCCCAAGGGAUUGGCUGCGGGUGAACCUGUGCCACCAUUGCCCCUGGCCAUUGUGUAUCCCAUGAGCAGUAAGACGUCAACAGCAACCACAUCGACUUGCGGCAGUGAUAAUGGCUGCAGCAAUGAGAACAGCAAUCAUAGCAUUAGCUCCAAUUGCAGCUCCACAACGAGCUUUGUGCUGCCGCGCAUCGAGGCCGACAUUAGCGUGUUGCCGCCGGCAACAAGCGAAGCGGUUGCAGUUGCAGUUGCUCCUCCCAGCACUUCCAUUAUCUCAGUUGUGCCCAACAGCAGUCUCUUUCCGCCUGGCAGCGACAAGGCGAACAACAGCAACUCGAGUGGCGACAGCAACGCGAGCAGUGACAACAACAAAUUGAACAGCAGCGACAGCAACAACAUUAAUGAGCCUGGCAUUGUAACUUAUUUGUCUAAAAAAUCACCCAAAUCGCUGACGGUGCGCAAUGACAAGGUGCCUAUGCCCAGCAGCCGAAUGUGGCCAACAGCAACGAUUGGAUCAACAACAGUGACAGCAAUGAGUAACGAAUCAGCAACAGCAGUAGCAGCAGCAGCAACAUCCACUUCGAGUGCAACAGCAACAUCAACAGCAAAGAAAACUGUAAUUCCGAUUGGCACAACAUUAACCAUUGCCACAGUGCAGCGCAACACAGCAGAGAAUAGCAGCAACAACACGAACAACAACACCAGCAACAACACCAGCAAGAGUACCAGCAACAUCAUCAGCAUCAACUCCAGUAACAUCACCAGCAACAAUACCAACAAUAACACCAGCAACAACACCAGCAAGAGUACCAGCAACAUCAUCAGCAUCAACUCCAGCAACAUCACCAACAACAUCACCAGCAACAAUACCAACAACAACACAAACAGCAACUCCAGCAACAGCAGUAACUCCAUCAGCAACUUUUUGGCCUCUCGCAACAACUCGGGGAACUUUUUCGACAUACGUUCGUCUAGCGGCAGCAUCAGCAUACGCACCAACAGCGCCAAUUCGAUUAGCAUACGUUCCAUCAGCAACAAUCCGGUAAAAAUUACUGACACCAACCACAACAGCAAGUCCAACACAAAUUCCGUUGCCUCUUCGAGUUCUGCGAGUUCAGCAGCAAAUUCAACACCAGCUGCACAAUUGUUGCGUGUGGAGUUCCGUGAUUGCCCAUCGAAUGGACGCAUGUUGCAUGUGACGGGCAGCAAUGUGCCGAUCCAGGCGAACUUCAAUAUGUCACGCACUGCGCUCUUCAUACGCGAAGUGAUGGCCGUGCCACAGCUGCACAGCAAGGAGCCGCAUUUGACCAACAAAAUCAACGAUCUCUGGUCGCAGUUAUCCAAGAAGUUUCAUCUCCCAGAUGAUAUUUGUCGCGGCAUUUGGACAUUUUUGUCGCACAACCUCAAUUUGUUUCCACAAAUUGCGCCCAUGGUGGACUUGAUGCGUCCGUUUAAGAGCACACUCAAGGUGUGGGAGAAAUCGCAUCGUCUGUUCAGCAAAUUCGAUGAGAUCGCACGCAAAUACGAAUGGAUGCUGCACAAACACGAAUUGCCCGCUCUCAUGCAACAUUUUAAGCGCUUCGAGCAUCUCUACUGGGAACUUCGUCGUCCACGUCCCGGCGAAUCGGCAAAUUCGAUGCGUCCGCCUCGUGAGUUUACCGAGCAGGAGCGUCACGAUGUUUGGCGCGAGGCAAAGGAGAAUUUUCCACAAAUGAAUCAUCGGGAUGUUUGGUCGAUGUUUAAGUUUGCAUUCAAGACCUACAUGGAGGAUCUAGAGCGGGGCAUCGAGAAUCCCUGGCCACAAAACUGGUGGCAUGCACUGGAGCAACUGAAGUUCCUGGUCAAUGUGCGUUACCAUCCGCUCGAUCCCUACUAUUAUAUUGUGCACAACAAGUUCAUGGAGGAGGUGAAACGUUGCAGCAUGUACGAAGCAUUGAUGCAACCCCAGGAUGAUGAUGAUGAUGACGACGCCGAUGGACGACGCUCCGCCGCCAGGCCCAAGAUGCCACCGCUGGCCAGCAUCUCGGAUCCCAUGCCCUGGGAGACGGAGGAGGCGAAACGUUUGCUCGUUGGCGAAUUGCACGAGGCGAUCAAUGUGCCGUCCGAGGCAGAGAAUGAGUCGGAAACGGAAUCUGAAAUGGAAACCGAAUCCGAUCUCGUUGUUCACCUGCCAGAGGAGCAGAGCCCGAAACUGACGGCGGAAGUGGUGGCAGACCAGCCAAAGCCAAUGGAAGUUGAUGGAGCAGAUGCGAAGCAACCGGUUGUCGAGUUAGCUCAGUUCAUUGGCAACGACGAUCGACAAUUGCCCAGCGUCAAUGGAUUCCUGUUGACGGAAUCAAUGCGUCGCCAUCGCAGCGCCUUUAGCGUUGCAAACACUGCCGAGAAACGCGCCGCCUGGAUACGUAUCUCCAGGGAGAUGAGGUCGUCAGUCACCGAAUGCCGCUUGAGUUUCCAGCACAUGCUGAAGGAGCAACGCGUGUGGCGCAUCAGCGAUCCGAGCGGACGUUGCACGUUGUCGACGAAGUAUUAUCGCCACAUGACCGACAUCUACAGGGAGGUGAUGUUCGCCCACAACGCGCAUCGGGUGUCCAAACAGCCCGACGAACGCGAGGAAACGAUCUUCCCCGAGCGCUACGUUCCCGAGAUCAGUGCUCUCAACUGUGAACCGCAAUUGGUGCUCAAGAAUUGGUCUUAUGCCAUUGCCCAUUUCCCAUUGGUGAUGCAGGAGGAGCUGCGUUCGCGUUUGCGUUUCAUAUUUGCCAAAUAUGAACGACUUGGAAAGUUGCGCGGUGCUGCCAAGAAAUUCGCAAAACAUUAUUAAAAAUAAAUGUAAUAAUAAAACUAGUUCGGGAUUUCAAUUCCCGACUACAAUUGGAACCCAAUUCCUCGCCCAACAAAUUAUGAUUGUUUUAUGCAUUAAUGUUAUAACAAAUUUUGCUACUAUAUAAGUAAGCGCUUAUCAUGAUUGUUUCUAGAAUUAGACAUUUAGGUUAUUCAAUGUUUGUACACAUUUUGUAAAAUGUAUCAUGAAAAUAUUUAUAUUCGUGUAUUUCACAAUGCGGCUAAAAUUUAUUUGUAAAUAUUCAAAUUAUGUGUAAAAA